AUCCAUUGCCGGCAUUCAACAAAGCAUAAACCCAACAAAGUAGCAGACAAGCCAAUAGCCAUGUCUUGUUCCGAAGCCACUAGGCCCUUUCCUAUCAAAACCGUGGUGGUUUUGAUUCAAGAAAACCGUUCCUUCGAUCAUAUGUUGGGAUGGAUGAAGACCCUUAACCCAGAAAUCGAUGGUGUUUCAUCAGCAGACGAAUUCUACAACUCUCUUUCCACAACCGAUCCAAGCUCGAAGAAGGUUUACUUCGGGGACCAGUCUAACUAUAUUGACCCUGACCCGGCUCACUCGUUCCAGGCCAUCUGUGAACAAGUCUUUGGCUCACCUUGGGGACAGUCUUCUUCAGGUGAUGAGCAGGUUGUCAAGAUGAAUGGGUUUGCUCAGAAUGCAGAGACCACACGGAAAGGUCUGUCGGACACAGUCAUGAAUGGUUUUAGGCCCGAAGCCCUACCAGUUUACAGGGAACUGGUUUCGCAGUUUGCUGUGUGUGAUCAUUGGUUCUCUUCAGCCCCCACUUUUACACAGCCGAACAGGCUGUUUGUGCAUUCUGCAACUUCGCAUGGUUUAAUCACCAAUGACGUGAAGAAGCUGGUCGAAGGUUUUCCACAGAAGACGAUCUUCGACUCACUGGAUGAGGCUGGGUUCACUUUCGGAAUAUAUAAUCAGCAAUUUCCUUUUACGUUGUUCUACAGGAACCUUAGGAAACACAAGUACAAGAAUAAUUUCCAUAACUUUGACGUUGAAUUCAAGAGUCACUGCAAAGAGGGGAAGUUGCCUAACUAUGUGGUGAUUGAACAACGAUAUUUUGAUUUAAUAUUGUUGCCAGCAAACGAUGAUCACCCCCCACACGAUGUAUCACAGGGGCAAAAAUUUGUGAAGGAGGUUUAUGAGGCACUGAGAACAAGUCCGCAGUGGAAUGAAAUCUUAUUCAUAAUCACAUACGAUGAGCAUGGCGGAUUCUAUGACCAUGUCCCAACUCCUACUGGAGUCCCCAGCCCAGAUGACAUUGCAAGUCCUGAGCCAUUUAACUUCAAUUUUGAUCGCCUUGGCGUUCGGGUGCCUACGAUCUUCAUUUCUCCAUGGAUUGAGCGAGGAACAGUGCUACACAGACCUUUAGGACCAUAUCUUUCUUCAGAGUUCGAACACUCUUCCAUUCCAGCAACAGUGAAGAAGAUUUUCAACCUGAAAGAGUUUUUGACAAAGCGUGAUGCAUGGGCUGGAACUUUUGAGACUGUUUUGAUGAGGGAGAGUCCAAGAACAGACUGCCCAGUAACUCUGCCCCUGCCGCUACAAUCCCUGAAAUUGCAACUAGGUGAUGCAAAUGAAAGAGCAAAUCUAAGCGAGUUUCAAGCAGAGCUGGUGCGAGUGGCAGCUACACUAAAGAGGGACUAUAAAAAAGACAUUUAUCCAGAGAAGCUAGUAGUGGACAUGACGGUUAAAGAUGCUGCCGCUUACUGUGAAGAUGCCUUCAAGAAAUUCUUAGAAGGAUGUGGGAAUGCCCAGAAUGGGGCUGGUGAGUCUAAGAUUAUUCUGUUACCAGCUUCACCAUGACUAUCACACGCCUCCUAAGAGUGGACUCCACUCGCAUAACCACCUUCAAUAGGUCAAAGUCCUUCACCCACGAAAUGUUUGCUUGUUUUGUUUGCAGUAAUAAAAAUUAAAUUAUCAUUUCAUGAAAUACAUUAGAUCUUCUAUAUUUCUAGAAUCUAGAGGUAGACCGAGUGGUUUAUAUUAUAAAUCACAUUUUCAUGUACAAAAUUCCUUCCAUUAUUAAUCAUCUUCUUGGUAUUAUA